AUGAACCCGCACCUCCGCAUCCUCCUCCUCCUGGCCGCCGCCGUUCUAUGCCAGGGUGCUCCGCUGGCCGGGGAGCUGCGCUGCCGCUGCCUGCGGACCGUGUCCAAGGUGAUCCCGCCGCGGCGCAUGGCCCGCCUGGAGUUCCUCGCCGAGGGGCCGCACUGCGCCGUGCCCGAGGUCAUAGCCACGACGAAGCAGGGACAGAUGGUCUGCCUGAACCCCGCCGCAGCCUGGGUCAAGCUCCUGGUCACCGGGAUCCUCCGCAGUUCACCCAACAAGCUCUGAGGGAAGGAGCACUUCGGAAUGAAGCUACCUGUUU